AUGCCCAAGUCUCCCAUUGCUGUUGUCGGGCUGGCAUGUCGCCUCCCGGACGAAGCUUCUUCUCCGGAGGAAUUCUGGAAGCUGCUGCUAGAACAAAGAGAUACACUCUCGGUGCCUCACAAUCGAUGGAACACGGAUGCAUUCCACCACCCUGGGCGCAACAAGCCGCAAACCAUUGCGGCGAGGAGCGCCCAUUUCUUAAAGAGAGACGUGAUGGCAUUUGACGCAGCCUUUUUCAACAUCAACGCUAGCGAGGCCGUCGCCCUGGACCCCCAACAGCGCUUCGUGCUCGAGGUCACCUACGAAGCCCUGGAGAGCGCCGGCCUCACCAUGGCCGGCGUCUCGGGCUCACGGACGGGUUGCUACGUUGGCUUCUCGUCCUGCGACUACCGCGACUCCAUCCUCCGGGACACGGAGACGUCGCCCCGCUACACCGACCUCGGCACCCACGCCGAAAUGCUGUCUAACCGCACCUCGUGGUUCUACAACCUGAAGGGCCCUAGCAUGACAGUGUCUACGGCCUGCUCGUCCAGCCUCGUCGCCGUUCACAUGGCAUGCCAGAGUCUGUUGGCCGGCGAGACCGACUUGGCCGUCGCCGGCGGCGUGAAUCUCAUGCUGAACCCCGAGUGCGGCAUCUACCUGAGCAGCCUGACCAUGAUCUCUCCCGAAGGUCACUGCAAGUCGUUCGACGCCUCCGGGGACGGCUACGGCCGCGGCGAGGGCUGUGGCAUGGUCGUUCUCAAGCGCCUCGACGACGCCCUCAGGGACGGCGACCCCAUCCGCGCUGUCAUCCCUGGCACCGGCGUCAACUCGGACGGCUUCACUCAGGGGUUUACCAUGCCCAGCUCCGAGUCGCAGGCGGCGUUGAUCAGAGACGUGUACGAGGGUGCAGAGUUGGACAUGAGUGACACGCAGUUUGUCGAGUGCCACGGAACUGGGACGAAGGCCGGCGAUCCCAUUGAGACGAGAGCAAUCUAUGAGACACUCGGCAAGAAAGCAAGCAGCUCGCAGCCGCUCAUCAUCGGCAGCGUAAAACCCAGCAUUGGCCACUUGGAGGGCGCAUCCGGCGUGGCGGCGCUCAUCAAGUCGAUCCUGGCCCUCGAGAAGGGAUACAUCCCGCCGCAGAUGUUCUUCAGCACACCUAACCCCAAGAUCCCGCUGCGAGAGUGGAAUCUCUCGGUCCCGACAGCCCUCAUGCCGUGGCCCAAGACGAACGGUCCCAGGCGGGCGAGCAUCAACAACUUUGGUGUCGGCGGGACCAACUGUCACGUCAUCAUCGAAGAAGGCAUCCCCCCCCGGGGCCGGCAGCACCAGCCCGCUCUAGACUCCUCGGCAGCAGCUGCGCACGACAGGAAAAAGCGCCUCUUUGUCAUCAGCAGCCAGGACCAGAAGGGCCUUGUCCGCGUGGCCCAGUCGAUUGCGGACUAUCUCGGCAACAAAUCUACACAUGCCAACGCCACCACCCGUGCCGCCGACCUCGCGUAUACCUUGGGGAACAAGCGCUCGAGGUUCUCGUGGAAGAAGUCUUGCAUCGCUACCGACCUCGAGGACCUGCGAUCUCGUCUCCUUGCGAUGACAAGCGACGGCGCCGUCAGGUCUCACGCCGCCCCGCGCAUCGGCUUCGUCUUCACGGGACAGGGCGCACAGUGGCCGCUGAUGGGCCUUGAACUAAUGAAAUUCGACGUCUACAAAGCCUCUUUCGAAAAGUGCCAGGGCUACCUCGCCGAGCUGGGCUGUUCUUGGGACGCUGCCGAGGAGCUUCGGAGGCCGGCCGAGACAACCCGUAUCAAGUCACCCGAGCUAAGCCAGCCGCUCUGCACCAUCCUCCAGAUCGGUCUCGCCGACCUGCUGAUGUCCUGGGGCGUCCGUCCCGCCAGGGUCGUGGGCCACUCAAGCGGCGAGAUCGCCGCUGCCUACUGCGCUGGCCAUCUAACCGCGCGGGACGCUGUCGAGGUAGCCUACCUCCGAGGCAAGUUCUCCGCAGGCCUUUCCUCCAUGGCCCCCGGGCGGAAGGGUGGCAUGCUGGCGGUCGGCUGCUCGCAGGAUGAGGCCGAGAAGCUCAUCUCCAACGUCACGUCCGGGCGGCUGGCUGUCGCUUGCGUCAACUCGCCCUUCAACGUUACGAUAUCCGGCGACGCCGCCGCAAUCGAGGAGCUGCACGAGAAGCUGCGAGCCACGUCAAUGUUUGCCGCCCGUCUCAAAGUCGAGGUCGCCUACCACUCGGAGCACAUGGAGACCAUCUACCCGGGCUACGUCCAGUCGCUCAGGCACAUCCGUCCAAGCGCGGGCGGCCUUCCGCCGGACGUCCCCAAGGAUGUCAUCACCAUGGUGUCGAGCGUCGAGGCCGCCGAGGUCGACCCGGAAGCGCUCGGAGCAUUCUACUGGGGCCGCAACCUCGUCUCGCCAGUCCUAUUCUCCGAUGCCCUGCGCCAACUUGUCUGUCCGGCCGCCGAGGGGUCCGUCGACGCCGACGGCAGCGCUAGCGUCAUCGACCUCCUGAUAGAGAUAGGACCACACCCCGCCCUGAAGCAGAGCGUAAAGGAAAUACUUGCGACCUCCGGCGUCAAGGGCAUCGGCUACCUGCCUUCCCUGUCGCGGGGCAUGAAUGACGAGGACAUGGCGCUUUCGUUGGCUGGGAACCUCUUCGCGGCGGGGGCAGCCGUGGACGUGUCCAAGGUCAACGGCGACUCGGGCGCGGCCAUGCUCACCGACCUGCCGCCGUACCCGUGGCAGCACUCGCGCAAGUUCGACGCGACCCCGCGCAUAGGUCGCGAGCACAACAUGCGUCCUCACCCGCAGUACGGCCUGCUGGGCGCCCCGAUGCCCUCCGUCAACCCCGACGAGCACGUCUGGCGCGGAUACGUCCGCCUUGACCAGGAGAGUUGGGUGCGCGACCACAAGAUCACUGGCGUCAUCGUCUAUCCUGGGGCGGGGCUCGUCGCCAUGGCCCUGGAGGGAGCGCGACAGCUAGCCGAGGCCGGUCGUGCGGUCCGGGUCUACAAGCUGCGCGACGUCUCCAUCGGGUCGGCUGCCAUCAUGAACGAGGACAGGCCGACCGAGUUUGUCCUCCACGUCCGCCCGCACCUGCUCGGCACCGCCGGCUCCGCGCCGAGCGCGUGGCUCGAAUUCACCAUCUCGUCGUCGGGAGGGCCCGAUAUGCCGCUGCGCCAGAACUGCCGCGGUCUUCUGCGCAUAGAGUAUGAGGCCGAUGACGGCAGCGCUGCGAGCCGCGAAGAGGAAGCCGCCGCCGCCGCCUGUCUAGCCGAGUACGAGGCGGCGGCCGCCGCCUGCGUAGAGGAGCUGCCCAUGAGCGACUUUUACCCUGAUUUGGCCAAGGUCGGGCUCGGGUUCGGCACGACUUUUCAGAACAUGAAGAAGCUCCACUAUCGACCGGGCGAGUCGGUGUACGACCUAGCCAUCGGUGAUCCGGGCGAGUCCUUCGACACGGGGCGCACCGGGCGGCGUACGCACCUGAUACACCCGACGACGCUGGAUUCGACCGCCUCGGCGUCGUUCGCGGCGUGCUACAGGGGUCCCGGGGAGCCGCCUGAAAGGCCGUAUAUACCCGUGUUCAUCAGCGAGUUUGAGAUCUCGGCUGAUAUUCCCUUCGAGGCGGGCACGCCUGUCAAGGGGUUCGCGAGGGCCAAGAGGCGCGGCAUCAACGAGAUGGAGUCCGAAGUCUACAUGUUUGAUAAGGCGCUGUCCAAGUGCUACCUCUCCAUCCGCGGGUAUCGGGCUACCAGCGACAUCGCGUCCGACGCGAGCAGCGCCGGGGAGGACCGGUCAGAGGCGUCGCCGGGUCUGUGUUAUUCCACGCGGUGGGAGACGGCCUUUGGGUUGCUCACCAAUGAAGAGCUCCGCGUCGUUGCUGCGAGUGCCGGGCUGACACCAGACGACAAGCUGGAAAAGAUUGCCCAAAUGAUCCUCCACGAGCACCCCGACACAACCAUACUCGAGGUCCUAGCCAAGCAACACGAGUCUUCGGCCAAGGACAACACGGUGCUAGGCCGUCUCUCGCUGAGCCGGCCGGACCAGGCGAGGCAUGCCGUCAUCGGCGACACGGCAGCGGCAUCCGGCGAUUCGAGCAGAGAGGUUCUGCGGCUCAAGCCCGGACAGCCAGCCGACACCACCUUCGACCUCAUCCUCGCGGGGCAGGCCUGCAGGGACCUGAUGUGCGGCGACGCCGACCUCGGUCUUCUAUUGGAGCACGUCAAGCCCGGCGGGCGUCUCAUCUGCGGGUUCGACUGCGAGGGGCUCGACAAGUCGAAGCUUCCGGAAGGUUGCCGUGUUGACGAUUUGUCCUUGGACGCCGCCGCCGAAGCAGGGAUGACGCUGAUCACUGCUCCCCCGGUCGUUGCGGACCCCGACCCCGGCGCUUUUCCGGUAAAGGGCAAUAGAGUAACCAUAGUGGAGCCGCCAAUGCCGAGCGGCGCCGUUCAAAGGUUCUCGACCGCCUUGGCAGAGCUUCUUCAAAAGACCAAAGGACUCGAGACCAGAACUGUACCCUGGACGCCGGAGCUGGCGACGGCGGUCCUUUCGGAGCGCGUCGUGUGCUUGCUGGAGUUAGAGAAGGCCUCGAUGGACAACCUUUCCGAGCCCGACUUCGGUCUCGUCAAGGACAUGAUUGUCAAGGCGGCGAGUCUGCUGUGGGUGACGGCGCUAAAGAACGACCCGGCGGCGUCCGUCAUCGAGGGCGCACUACGCGUCGCUCGGAGAGAGCUGGGCAACCCCGAGCUCAAGACGCUACAUCUUUCCGGUCUCGAUCGCGGGCCGGAGCUGGCAACCAGGGUGCUCGGCAGCUCCACCAAGGACACCGAGUUCAUUGAGGACGGGAAUGGCAUGCUCAAGGUGAGCAGGGUCUUGGAGGACAACGGACUCAGCGCCGAGGUCGCGUCCUACGCCGGCACGGAGACGCAGAUGGCGUCGAUCAAGACGUGCGGGUUUCCGCUGCGUCUCGGUAUUUCCAGGCCCGGCCUGUUGGACACACUGCGCUUCGGGCCGCAGGAGGACGUGGGCCAGCUCAAGGAGGACGAAGUCGAGAUCCAUAUCAAGGCGUCCGGGAUGAAUUUCCGAGACGUCAUGAUCUCCAUGGGGCUCAUCGCAGACCCCCGUCUGGGCUACGAGGGCGCCGGCGUCGUCCUCAGGACGGGAAGCAAGGUGACCAGCGUCAAGCCAGGCGACCGCGUCAGUGCCCACAUCUUGGGCUCCCACGCCACCAGGGCCCGCACGCUUGACAUCAUGUGCGCCCGCAUGGCGGACGAGAUGUCCUUCGCUGAGGGCGCGUCGUUCCCGUGCGUCUUCACUACGGCCUACCACGCCCUAGUCAACCUCGCCCGGCUACGCGCGGGGCAGUCGGUACUGAUCCACGCCGCGGCCGGAGGCGUCGGCCAGGCCGCCGUUCAGCUGGCCUGCGAUAUGGGCCUCACAAUCUACGCGACGGUCGGAUCUGCGGCCAAGAAGGCUCUCCUGAUGGAGCAAUACGGCAUACAGGAGGCGCACAUAUUCAGCUCGCGCGACUCCAGCUUCGUCAAGGGCGUAAAACGCGUCACCGGUGGCCGCGGCGUCGACUGCGUGCUCAACUCACUUGCGGGUGAGCUGCUCCGUCAAUCUAUGUACUGCCUCGCCCCCCUCGGAACGUUUGUAGAGAUCGGAAGCCGCGACAUCAGUGAGAACACGCGCCUCGACAUGGCCCCAUUCGCUGCUGGCAUCACCUUCACUUCAUUCACCCUUCUUCAGGUCCUCCAGCACGAUCCGGGGCUUAUGGCAGAGACUUGGCGUAAAACCUUUGACCUCGUUCGCAGAAAAGUCCUGCGCCCCCCCUCGCCUUUGACAAUCAUGCCUGUCCAAUCUGUCAAGGAGGCCUUCCGCCUGAUGCAGGGCGGCAAGCACAGCGGCAAGAUCGUUCUCUCGCUCGAGCACGACGGCGACGUCCCCAUCGUGCGGGAUCCCAAGACCGCCCUACAGCUCGACCCAGCCUCCACAUACCUGCUGGUCGGAGGCCUAGGUGGCCUGGGUCUGUCCCUGGCGCAGAUGCUCGUCGACUCGGGCGCGCGCAACGUCGCCUUCAUCUCGCGAUCCGGCGACACGCAACCAUCGGCCAAGGCCGCCAUGGCCGCUAUCUCCGCCUGCGCGCCGGGCAUACAAGCCAGGGCGUACGCCGCCGACGUCAGCGACAAGGUGUCGCUGGCCGACGCUCUCGCUCGCUGCGGUGCCGAGCUGCCGCCGGUCCGGGGCGUCGUCCAGAUGGCCAUGGUUCUGCGCGACGGCGUCUUUGAGCAGAUGUCGCACGACGGCUGGACGGCAGCCAUCCGGCCCAAGGUUGACGGCACCCGCAACCUGCAUGAGCACUUCGGGCCCGCCUAUCCGCUCGACUUCUUCAUCAUGUGCUCGUCCAUCUCGGGCGUUAUCGGUAACCGCGGCCAGGCCAACUACGCCGCAGCCAAUGCCUUCCAGGACGCUCUGGCCUACCACCGCCGCUCGCUGGGCCUGCGCGGCUGCGCCGUUGACCUGGGCAUCAUGCGAGACGUCGGCGUGUUGGCCGAGAAGGGCGCCGCGGGCGACCUGGUCAAGUGGGAGGAGCUGCUAGGCAUCCGAGAGGCCACCUUCCACACGCUCAUGAAGACCAUCAUCAACGGGGAGAUGCGCCGGCCUCCGGCCGCCGAGUUCCCCGCACAGAUCAGCGUGGGCCUUGCCACGGCUGGCGCCUUCGAAGCGGCGGGUCUGACCCUGCCCGAUUGGCUUACGGCGGACGCCCGGUUUGGACACCUAGCCGCCGUGCGCUCCGGGGUUUCUCCAAAAGAUGGGAGCGGCGGGGACGCCGCGCAGACGGCGGUAGCGUCUCUGCCGCGGCGGCUCGCGGGCUCCAGGACCAGGGACGAGGCUGUUGCUGCCGUCAUUGACGGGCUGGUUGAUAAGGUGUCUAAUAUCCUGUUGACGCCGGCGUCCGAGGUAGACCCCGGGCGGCCGCUCUACAUGUACGGUGUAGACUCACUCGUGGCAAUGGAGAUCCGCAACUGGAUUCACCGCGAUGUGAAGUCGGAUAUCGCGCUGUUUGACGUCCUGGAGGCCGUGCCUAUAACUAGUUUUGCGGACAAGGUGGUUAAGCGGUCUAAACUAUGUGUUUUUAAAGAUCUGUAA